GGCCAUGGGAAGACAACUUCUGUUGUGUAGAAGAGGGAGACGAGAGCCAGCAUUACGCCGCCUGUAAGAAGAAUCCAGUGCACGGGAAUUUCUUUCCCGUCGAGAAGUUCAGUAUGAAUAAUCUCCCGCGUUUUUACAGAAGAGAAGACGUAAUGAAGUUUGUCCAACUUAUGUCAGAUUUAACUGUCCGUGUGUCAGUCAAGUAUGUCAGUGAGAACAGACCUGAGACUGUCCCAGGAACCGACAUUCCGUACCCAUGGUCUGGUAUCAAGGGCAGUCACCUGACCAGGGUAGGCACUGGCUGGAUUGAAGGCACAGGGAUAUGUGAUAGCCAGACAUGUUGUUGUAAAGAAUGUAAGAAUUCUUUAGAACCAAAACCACAGUAUGGUCUUAUUCAAAUAAGGACAGCAGCACAUCUUGUUUACGAUCAACUAGAGUCAGAACACACAACUUGUCAUCUGUUUUUUGAUUCAGGAGAAACUCCUAAUGUGUGCACAAAUGUCGUUACCCUUACAGAUGUGCAUACUUUCAGUAAUAAGAACCGGCCUGAUGCUUGUAAAAUUAUACUUUUCACUCAUGACCUGGAUCUUGUACUCAGUCUUCGUAAUAUGACCUUUCAGUACAGUGAUACUUUCGAUAUUAUGAAAAAAUGCGUCAAAGAAAAUGGAGCAGAAUAUAUUAAACAAGGACAUCCCCUGUAUAUUGUGGUCUCCCACCCUCACGGAUGUGCCAAACAGAUCAGCAUCUGUUGCUGUGGUAACUCAGACCCAGGUAACCCUGACACAGAAGACAGCCAGUGUUCACAUGCUUCCAUACUUUGUCCAGGUUCUAGUGGAGCUCCUCUGGUUGAUCUGUCGUGGAAAUUAGUGUAUCCGGUUAUAGAAUAA